ACAAUGGAACACUAAUCUGAACAACAACAAUUUUGUUUUGGUUUGUAUGAUUUCCUACAAAAUUUAAUUUACGAAUAUGAAUUAUGUUCAUAAUUAAUAAAAAUUAAAAAUAUUAGUGGAGUUUAUAUUUGAGUCGUUGGAUCUGUUUUUAAGCGUUUCAAUAGUCUUUUAUAAAUUACAACACUAACCUGUAAUCUGUAAUGGAUGACGCAGGCGGUCUGAUUUACGGUUUAGAAUUGCAAGCACGUGCGUUAACUCCACAGUAUGGCGAAGGAAAUGAAGUUAGAUUUCUAAUAGCAACGAACUCCUUAAAACCGACUAAUCAAGUGCAUUUACUUGAAUACAAUGAAGAAAGAGCAAACAUUAAAUCAAAAAUAUUUGAACAUUCUCUGGGUGAGGUGUGGAAACUCAACAGUAGCCCACACGAUUCAAGUUUACUUGCAACUUGUUACAAUGCACAAAAAGGGGCACAAGUUCAAACCCUUGCAGCUUUAUUAACUUUACCGACAGAUCUAGAGGAACAAGAUGUGAAAACUGAAUUUCUUCAAUGGGACAACGUAGAAUUACUAAAUACAGAGAAAUUUGGGGAAAGAGUUAAGACAGUUGAGUUUCAUCCCAGCCAAAAGCAAACACUUGCAUGUGUUGUAGAUGGAAAAGUAGUAAUAUUUGAUCGUACAGAAUCUCAAACACGCGUUGUAGCUGAAGUUGCAGGUGCAAAUGCUAAAAGUACUCCACCAUAUACAACUGGAAAGUGGUCCCAACAUCAUCAAGGAAACCAAUUUAUUACAUUACAAGAUUGCACUAUGCGUUCAUACGAUGUACGAGACACACAACAUUGCGCAUGGUCCAUUGAAGAGACUCAUGCACAAAUGGUACGUGAUGUAGAUUGCAAUCCUAAUAAACAGUGUCACAUUGUAACUGGUGGCGAUGAUGGAUGCAUUAAAAUUUGGGACUGUCGUUUGCCAAAGGAACCAGUUUUUACACGUAAUGAUCACUCACAUUGGGUGUGGUCAGUGCGAUUUAAUACAUUCCAUGACCAGUUGAUAUUAUCUAGUUCAAGUGAUUGCAAAGUAAUAUUGACAUGCGCUGGUUCUGUUAGCUCUGAGGCUGCGAUCGUUUCUAAUCCAGAACAAGAAAUCUUCACUUCGCCGGAUAAUUUAGGAGACGAACGUAAAAAGCUAUUAUCGGAUGGCUUACUGCAAAGUUUUGAUCAACAUGAAGAUUCUGUUUAUUGCGUAGAGUGGAGUAAUGUUGAUCCAUGGGUGUUUGCAUCGCUAAGUUAUGAUGGGCGUGCACUUAUUUCAAGAGUACCAAAACAAUAUAAAUAUCAGAUAAUUUUUUAAUUAUUAAUUUAUUUAAUUAUUUCAAUUCCAAUAAACUUAUACUAUUAUUUACAUAUUUA